AUGGCCUGCCUCAGACCAAGGGCUCCUUUCCUGGGUCUUCCCUUGAGUCUUCUCUUGCUGGGGGCUCUCAUCCUGAUAGCAUCAGCCAUGGAAGCAGUCAGUCUGGUGGAUUUCUGUGACCAGACACUGCACGGCGAUGGGAUGAUUGUCCGCUCCCAUCCAGAUUCCCAGAAAUUCUACUUUGUGGCUGCUGAGACAGAUUGCUGGCUCACAGUGCAGGCUGCAUCCCCCCAGGACAGAGUCCUGUUCCAGUUCCGCUUCUUUCUGGUAUACAGCCUCACCCAGCCUCCUCCGUCCGAGCUACCCUGGCCAAACCCCACUGGGCCCAGCCAGCUGAGAGAGGCUCCCUGCACUACUGGCUCCUCCUUGCAGUUCUACGAUGGGCCAGCCAAGGAGGGUCCCCCCCUUGGGGGCCCGCUAUGUGGACUGACCAUCCCGGGCCCCGUCCUGUCCACAGGCAGAUUCCUGAGCCUGCGCCUAGUGACAAGGGGCCGGCAGCCCAGGGUGGAUUUUAUUGGGGACUUCACUUCAUUCCGAUUAGCUGUCCCCAUCCCAGGCUCCAGCAUCCCUCCCUGUAACCCCGGCUUCUACUUCCUCUGCCGCAACAAGAAGUGCAUCCCCCCGAGCUUGGUGUGUGACCCCUGGGGCAUCGACAACUGCGGGGAUGGCAGUGACCAGACGUCCUCCCCCCCUGCCAGCUGCAGAGGUCAGUGGCGGGCAUGGGCCUCCCUUGGCUGCGGGCAGGGCCCGCCGGGCCUAAGCAGCCCCCACUCCUACAGCACUCUAAGUUUUAGGAAACACUUUUCUCUGACUGCUCUCUGA